AAGAAAAGAAAAAAAAAAAAAAAACCAAGGUCCCGGGGGUUUGGGCCGAUCACCCCAGCCAUAAUACCGGUUUUCUUCCCUUUCUGGUUUGAUGUUCUUCUUACCGUUACUGCCCAACUAAAUCUCUCUCUCUCUCUAUCUCCUCCACAUCGCCGGCUGGGAACCUGGCGAGGGUUCGAUUCCACCGCGCCGGACCGCAUACAACAACCCAUCCUUGACACCUGGACAAGACCACCCCUUUCUAGCAAGCAAGCAAGCUUCCACGCCCCCCCUUUGUAUUACGCCCCCAUGACUCUUCUCCUCUCCCUAGACACCCUCCGCUCACAUCCCGCAGCCCUUGUAUCCAUCCCCAUCUUUCUGCUACCCUCGCCUAUCCUCGCCUACGCCGUUCAUCUUGAUCCGAGUAGCAUCAGCCUGCGUAGGGACAACAAGACACUGACCGCAGUCAGGGUCGAAAAGCACUCGGUUGCAGUCCCGCAGGGGCCCUCACCGUACAGAAAUCAUCGAGUCAAGCAAGACUGAGAGACUGAGAGAGAGAGAGAGAGAGAGAGAGAGAGAGAGAGAGAGAGACGGAGAGAAAAGCCGUUGCCCGCGGCCGUGACUACAUCCAUCCCUCCAUCCAUUUCUGUAUGCUGCGCUCUAAGCCACAGGUUUCAGUUACACUAGAUGCCCUUCGGCCCAUUUGAUAUCACUUCACGUGCAGAUUAAGGGGCCCAUGCCUUCUUCCCAAUAUGACAUAGGGUAAUUUCUUUUAUGUAUCUUUUCUCA